UCUUCUUCUUUAAUUAUCAUCAUCAUCUCUUGGUUCUUUGUUGCUUCCUAUAUUAUUUUUUUCCCUUUUUUUGACCUCUUUCUCCUUGGUUCUUUCUUCCAAUCUCAAGAAUUUUCCAAACAAAAGGUACAAAAAAGAACUUAGAAUGUUUCUUCCUCUUUCAAAAACUUACAAAACCCUUGAUUUUCCUCUUCUUUUUAUCCAUGUCCCUUAGCGAAUUUUCAUGACAUCAAUCCAUGGAUUCUUCCUCCCCUUCUUAACGCUUCGUUCGUUUUCUUCUGCUACGAUCUUAUCUUCUUUUUUAUAAUUUUGAUUUGUAGAUAUAGAAACAGCUUGUUGCCAAGAUGUCGUCAUCUUACACAAUCUCGUCAUCCUCUGCUCAGCCUUUCCUCUUCCACUGUCCCGCCGGCGGAGAAAACGACUUUAACCCUAAAGAGACGAUUAUGCAACCUCAAAUCCCCUCGGCUCCACAAAAGAAACGAAGAAACCAACCUGGAAAUCCAAAACCAGAUGCGGAGGUAAUAGCGUUAUCGCCAAAGACGCUAAUGGCGACGAACAGGUUCGUAUGCGAAGUGUGCAACAAAGGGUUUCAGAGAGAACAGAACCUGCAGCUCCACAGGAGAGGACACAACCUUCCGUGGAAGCUGAAACAGAAAUCGAACAAGGAAGUGAAGAGGAAAGUGUAUCUGUGUCCGGAGCCCACGUGCGUUCACCACGACCCCUCACGUGCCCUCGGAGACCUCACCGGCAUCAAGAAGCAUUAUUACCGCAAACACGGCGAGAAGAAGUGGAAGUGCGAGAAAUGCUCUAAGCGUUACGCCGUUCAAUCUGAUUGGAAAGCCCACUCCAAGACCUGCGGUACCAAAGAGUAUCGAUGCGACUGCGGCACCAUCUUCUCUAGACGCGACAGUUUCAUCACUCACAGAGCUUUCUGCGACGCGUUGAUGCAAGAGACCCUCAGAAACCCUACCGUGAGCUUUACGGCAAUGGCUGCCGCCCCCGGGAGCGGUGGCAGGAUUGGAUUGUACGGACCGAGACUCGGCGGUGGAGCUCUAUCCCAAAACAUGGAUAACAAUACAAAUUCCAGUUUUACCCCUGUCGGAGUUUACAACCUAAACCGUUCCUUUCCCGACAACAUGCAAAGACUCGGCGUCGGUAUGAACAGGGCCGAUAAGUUCGGAGACUUUGUCCCUCGGACGUCAAACCCUAAUUCAUCUGCUUUCUUCAUGCAAUGUCCGUCGAGUCAAGGAUUGAUGACUCGGAACGAUCCGAGUUUCUUUAACCAGCUUCAGUUGGAUCCCACUAAUCUCCAAACCAACAACAACAACAACAACUUCUUCAACGUCGGAUUCUUUCAAGAAAUCAAUGCCAAGAACUCCCAAACAAAUGUUCCUUCUCCAUACAGCGGCAGUUUGGUCCAUCAUCAACAUCAGGACAACUUGAACGUAUCGUCUAACAUAUCCGCAGCUGCUCUGCUUCAGAGAGCUACUCAGAUGGGUUCGACCGCUCACAACAACGACCCUUCUGCUUUGAUAAGAGGGUUAGUUUCUUCUUCGAAUGCAGCCGAUGUUCAAAACAUCGGAGGACAAAUGGAAAACGAUAACGACAAUCUUCAAGGCCUAAUGAACUCUCUUGCCAGUGAUGGCGGUGGCUCUGGUGGUAUAUUCGACGUUCACUUUUGUGAUGAUAACGCUGAUAUAUGUGGCUCUGGAAAGUUAACGUUGGAUUUUCUCGGGGUUAAUGGCCGCGACCACCACCGGUCUCUGGAGGCUGGUAUGAAAUUUUCUCAGCCCAAUAAUCUGUUCUGAAAAGCUUCAAAUUUCGGAAUUUUUAGGUUACAAGAAGAAGAAUAUAGUUUCGUUUCUUGUUUUUGUUACUUGAAUUGUUCCUCUCUGUUGUUUCAAAUGUAGAAAUGAAGUGUUUGAGGCUGUGGCUUUAGGGCAGGUAAAAAUGUUGUUCAAUUGUUGACAACGUAUGUUAAGUUAAUUAGCUACUUGGUAAACUUA